AUGUCGCUGCACCAGUUGGCAGUCCGCAGCCGCAGCUUCUGGGGCACCAGGUUCGGACCCAAAUAUUUAUCGACCUCCCGAGUCAGCCUGCGAUACUCGACCGUUGCACCCACACCCACAACCGUCGUCCAAUCGGGCUUCUGGAAGUCCCUGAUCCCCAAGCCGCUGCGCAAACAAGAGCGAGGAGCGUUCAGGGCAAAGUCUAAGGAAUGGAAUCCCGCAACGUACUUUAUCGUCAUGUUCCUCUUUAUCGGGUCCAUGUCGAUUCAGAUGAUUGCUCUGCGUAAACAGGCGGAGCAGUACGCUCGGCAGUCGGCUGUCAGGAUUGGUCUGCUGCGAGAAGUGGUGGAGAAGAUCAAGAAUGGCGAGGAAGUGGAUGUCGAAAAGAUACUGGGCACCGGUGACCCUCAGAGAGAGGCGGACUGGGAAGAAGGUGGGUUCGCACUCGAACGAAGCGGCAGGUCGAACGCUGACCUUGCUCCAGUGCUCAAAGCCAUAGAGCAAGACGAGACCGUCAGGAAGCCCCGGAAGCAGGCGAAAGCUGCGCAGCAGGAGGCUCAGGAAAAGAAGAAGACGACGGGACGGCAGAAAAUCGAGGACAAUGGCGGGUCGGAGCCUCAGCCAACUCGGGCCAAUUCGGCCAACCUCGGCAAUUUCUUCUGA